UUCAAAAUCCAUGAAGAAAAUCCGAGCAGUUGCAACGGAGAGAGUGAGAAUAACCCAUGAAGCCUAAAGUCCAUCAACAAUCGAAAGCCCAAAACUACAAAAGAUUAUAUCCUAAACUGAAACCCCUCCUCCUCUCUCUCUCUCUCUCCAUCUCCACUUCCUCUUCAAUAGGCUUUAGGAGGGGGAAAGUAGAAACAAAGAAAACGUAUGGCAAGUGAGGCGGCGGAGGAAGCUAACGUCCCUGCAGCGGCUGCGGCGGAAGCACCCACAACAGGGACCGAGAAGCAACCACAUAAGCUUGAAAGAAAGUGGACCUUUUGGUUUGAUAGCCAAUCAAAGGCUAAACAAGGCGCUGCUUGGGGUUCCUCUUUACGCAAAGUUUACACUUUUGACACUGUAGAAGAAUUUUGGUGUUUGUAUGAUCAAAUAUUCAAGCCUAGUAAGUUGCAUGGAAAUGCUGAUUUCCACUUGUUUAAGGCUGGAAUUGAGCCCAAAUGGGAAGAUCCUGAAUGUGCUAAUGGAGGAAAAUGGUCUGUCACUAGCAACAGAAAGGCUAAUCUUGAGAACAUGUGGCUUGAAAGUUUGAUGGCAUUGAUCGGGGAGCAAUUUGAUGAGGCAGAUGAGAUUUGUGGUGUAGUUGCCAGUGUUCGCCAAUGGCAGGACAAACUUGCAUUGUGGACCAAGACUGCAACGAAUGAGGCUGCUCAGAUGGGUAUUGGAAGGAAGUGGAAGGAGAUCAUUGAUAUCAAUGAUAAAAUUACAUAUAGCUUCCAUGAUGACUUUCGAAGGGAAAGAUCAGUGAAAGGUCGAUACAAUGUUUGAGCCAUUUGCAGGUUUCUUUGUUCAGCAGUGUACUCUCUAUUUGUUACCUAUUUUGCAUGUGAGUUAAUGUUAUGUGAUACCACCAACAAUCAAGUUCUAUGUUAGAGACAGUUUUGAUAUUUGAACA